CUCUUAUCACACGAUGCUUUCGCUGGAUUUGCCACGAGGUCGUCUGCUAUGGCUUCUACUAAGGCUCAUGCCCUCCCUCACCUGAACCCUGGUGAACUCUCUCUGUUGGAUCUAGCGGCCGAAGAUCCUCGCGAUGUGGUAGCUCUCUCGGAGAAAGAGGAGCUGAUCCUCCAACUCUACCAUCAGAUCCAGGAACAGGAAUUAGAAAAAGCCUUAUUACAGCAAGAUCUCGAUCUGUUGUCUGGAGACGAUGCCGAAGAACAGCUGGCCAUCGCCGAACGCGAGCUCCUCGAGGCCCGGGCCACGUACACGGUCAGGAGGAAAGCCAUCGGAACCGUUCUUAUGACCGAUCCGACACUCAAAGCAGUGCAUAUGAAAGCGACAACUCCUGCGGAACGAACUCUCCUCCCUCUGCUCAAUCGACGGGACAUGCUCUCUCUGGCCCACGAGAACCUGAACAGUGCGCACAGCGCAACAGUCCGGAACCUGUCCACAGCUGAGGUUGAAAACCGGCAACUUCACAAGAAGAAUCGGGACCUCGUCCAGGAGCUCUUGGAAAUCACCGAAGACGACGAUUCCUGGAUGGAAAGGCUCGAAGACGAUGAACUGAAGACACAUUUAGAGCAGCAAAAGUCCGACUACAAGAAAAGCAAAGCCAAAUGGGACACGGUCAAAAACGUCGUGAGCGCGAUCGUUGUCGGCAGCGGGGUAGACUGGGCCGCGGACGACGCCCUGGCGGUUCUUGUCCUGGACGAGUCGGACGAUUGAUAGAUUGUUCUUUGUUUUUUUUUUUUUUUUUUUUCUGUAUUUUU